UAUAAGACUUUAAUCUACUGUUAUUAACGUUUGUAUAUUUUAUAGCAUAACCUAAAAUAUUUUUGUAUUAAAAAAACUUUCAUAAUUGUGCGGAUCAAAAUUUAAUUUUUCUUUUUAAUUGUGCAAGGAGUUUAGUCAAACGUCUACUAUUUCUUAUAGUUUGUAAUAUCAUAAUUAUCUACCUUUAGAAAAAAAUUGUCUACAAUUUCUUUUAUCAAUUAGGUUAACUAUAAUUAAGUAAAGUUUAAAGGAGAGCAAUAAGAUAUCCCCAUCAAUAAUAAUAAUUUUCACUCUUUACUUUCUCGUCUGGAAACCGAUUUCUAGGGCUUUCGUUUCUGUACCACAAGUUCAAACCCUUCGAACUCAACAUGAGUAGAAGAGAAAACUCAUAUUCUAUCCCCAUUGAUCUCAUCAUAGAGAUACUCUCUAAAUUGCCAUACAAAUCAAUAGCUAGGUUUUCUUGCUUGUCAAAGCAAUUGAGGUCCAUGCUUGCCAGUCCAUAUUUCAAGGAGUUGUUCUUCACCAGCUCCCCGGCUCGGCCGCGUCUCUUAUUCUACGUUCAACGAGAUGGUAACAAUUUGGUUUUUUUCUCGUCGUCUCAGCCUCGUAAUCUAUUUGAGAAGUCGUCAUCUCUUGUAGUAACCGCAGACUUUCACAUGAAGUUACAUAAAGACACGCUUACAAGUUAUUGUAGACAUGCCUUUGGUUUGGUCUAUUUCUCGGGGCUUAUGGGGAUGGUGAUAUUUAACCCUAGCACGGGACGGUCGGCUCUUUUACCCAAAGAAGGGAUGCUGAGUUCGAUAAACUAUUUAGGGUAUGAUCCGGUUGACAAACAGCUUAAGGUAUUGUGCAUUAACUUUGACAAGUCAGGUCUAAUUUUGACACUAGGAGGAACUGGAGACAAUUCGUGGAGGGAGAUCUCUUGUCCCUUAAACCAUUUUUCUACGCGUGGUUGGUCCGAAGAGAUAUGCAUCAAUGGGGUUUUGUAUUACUUUUCUACACAAAACAAUGGACGUUCUUAUCUGAUUGUUUGCUUUCAUAUUAGGUCUGAGGAAUUUAAGUUUAUCUACAAAGAUUUCUUCGAACGAAAAAAAAGAACAUCCACUGGUUUGAUUCGUGAUGGGGGUAAUACUAAACUGAUAAACUAUAAGGGUAAACUAGGUGUGAUUACUCUAGAGUAUGAUUAUAACCCUUUGGAUUGUGAUCAUAGUAACCCCAAGGGUAGAAAGUGUUCCCUUAAGUUGUGUGUGUCAGUUAUAAAGGAUUUUGAAAACCCAAACUCGGAAUGGUCGGACCAUUUCUACACUUUUUGGAAGACAAAUCAAUUCUUUGAAUUCAGUCAUGUUUCCGCUUUUUGGGGGAACCAAGUCGUUGAUGGGGAUGUUUCUGUUGUUGGAGUGACUGCCACAGGUGACAUUGUUUUGUAUAUGAAUGAAGCAUCUAAGCCGCUUUAUGUUUUCUACCUCAAUAUCGAAAGAAACACUCUCCAACGAGUUGAAUUCCGAACUAUUAACCAUGAAGCUUUAGAGAAAUGUAGUAGCAAAGUUAUACUCUCUGUGGAACACGUAGAGGAUCUUAACUUUAUUAAUAUGGAGACGACAUAUGCUGCGUCGACAUAUAAGCCAAUUGCGUAAAGCAACGACAACACUACAGCAAACAUCAUCUUAAUUAGGCUCGCAUGUUUUGAAGGCAUUUUUGGUCUCAGUUCCCAUAAAAUAAGAAUUUUGUGAAGAAAUAAUUUAAACUAUUUUAAGACUCGUUUUGUUUGCUUCACUUUGAGCUCUCUUGUUCGCUAGUUUAUAGACUUUUCAGUUGAUUUUUAUCAGUAUUUAAGCUGCGUAUGAAAACCUUUUGCAUUAAACAGCAUUUAUUUUCUAAUUUCUCUUUUAUGUUCUCACUUGUUACUCAUAGAAACCAAAAAAAAAAAGAGAUUCAUCAGGCAAGAGAAAAAGUUGCUAAAUAUCUAAGUUUAUUCAGUGACAUAUGGCUCCACUUAUUAAGUAAUAAUAAUACUGAUUAUCUUAGAAGUGGAAGCAUGCUUUAGGUCAACUGUGGUUCUUAUAAAGUAUUUGGGGGAUGAAACAGUUAGGCUCAAGAAAGUCCAAGAGAAGAUACC